AUGAUCGACCGUAUCCAUGCAGGGACCUGCAAGGGUCCACCUGCCUCCGGCGGCUGGGGCUCCGCCCCAGACCCCGUAGCUCCUGCUUCGCAGGAGAUUGCUGGGACCGUGGACGAAUCGACUCGAGCGAAGCGAGAGGAGCAACCAGGGUCUGGGGCGGAGCCCCAGCCGCCGGAGGCAGAGCCUGGUUUGGCGAAUGUCAUGUGGUUAUCAGGGACCGGCGAGAAAUCCACAUACCUGGCGGCAGCCGGAGUCAAGAAACAAGGUGCGAACGAGUCGCUACUCUUACAGGGCAAUGAUUCCAGUUUGAGCAGAGAAGGAGAUGAGACCGAGUCUAACGGCAGUGGCAAUAGUCACAGAAACUCGGGUCAGGUGUACGGACUAGGUCAGGGACAUAUUCACAGCCAUGGCAAUGGUCACGGACCUAAUCAUGGACAUAAUAACAGUAAUGGCCAUAGCAGCAGCAAUGGAGGUCACAAUCACAAUAAUCAUCAUAGUCAGAACCAGAGUCUUUCAGACGAGCUGCCAGUUGACGACGAGAUUAACGAAGAAGGAUUGAGGGUGGUGAAACCUCGACUGGGAUCACAUAUCCUGCCAGCAUCAUGGACAUUCUGGUUUCUGCAUCGAGGACCAGGCCAGAAUUUCUCGAAUUAUCUGGAUGCUACAAGACAAAUUGGUAGUUUCGACACGGUCGAGGAGUUCUGGGAUAUAUACAGCCAUCUGCGACGAAUUGACAAACUGCCAUUCACCAGUGAAUACCAGCUUUUCCGUAAAGGCGUCAAGCCCCUGUGGGAGGACGAGGUCAAUGUCAAUGGUGGUAAAUGGGUCAUCAGACUCGAGAGACCCAAAGAACGACGAAGAGACGAUGGUGCUGCUGCUGGCGAGGGUUCAGUCGCAUCUGCUGGCGUGAUAGGAUCAGGUCCGACUGGCACUACAGCUUCUGCUAGUGGUACUGGUGUGGCUCCUAUCGGAGCUCCUUCUUCCAGUGGAGCUGAUAGUACCCAGAAUAGUGUAGCUGCUACACGUGCUUUCGUCCACAAACAAGUUCAAGCACGACACAAGGCGGCGUUGAGCUGGGAGAACCUGAUUCUGGCCAUUGUAGGAAACACAAUUGGAUCAGUGGACGAUAAAAAAGCAGCAGAUAAUGAUCAGAAGCGUGAAACAACAAAUGAGGACGAAGAAGUCGAUGAUAAUGAGGACCUGUCGGAACUGCUUGGUGACGAGAUUGUAGGUGCCGUUGUCAGUGUGCGUCGUGAUGAGGAUAUUCUGUCUGUAUGGAACCGGUCUGGAAACGACAAGAAAGUAGUCAACAAGAUCAAAGUGGCCCUCCAACGCACAUUAAACCUUUCCGACGAUGUCUAUCUCGAAUACAAAGUGCACACCAAAAGCAUCAAAGAGGGAGCCAAGAAACAGGCCACUUACGACCAGCUCAAACAACAACAGCACCAGCAACAAACACCCACUGGCGGGUCCCCCAGCCACUACCCAAACAAAAACGGUCACCACGAGCACCGACACUUCAACAACAACAACAACAACAACAACAAUAACAACAGCAAUUACCACCAGUCUCACAACGGCAACUACCACCACAACCACAGCCACCACAACAACCACUCCACGGGCUUCCACGGCCCGGUCGGCAAAACUGUCGACUCCUCAGCCUCGGCGUCCACAACUUCAGUUGAUCUGUAA